UCUCUAGUGUCGUUAGUAACGGAGUGACGCUGUUCCGUUUCCAAACGCGACCCAGAAGCACAACAAGGCUCUUCUCGCUAACGUUCAUUGCAAAUCUUACAGUCCUUCACAUCAUUCCCAGUCUAUUUUCAUGACAGUGCCUUUUCAUAUUCGAACCUUAUGUUAACGCUCUACAUUUAAUUCUGGUGACGUUUAUUUUUCUUCUUGCCACGUUAAAACUCUUCUGCAUCACCCUGCUGUAAUGGCUGAUUUUGGGUUUAAUGAGCAUCAUCAGAAUGAGGUUAUAAACUACAUGCGCUUUGCCCGCUCUAAACGGGCACUGAGACUAAAGACAAUCGACUCUUGCUUCCAAGACCUGAAAGACAGUAGGCUCAUGGAGGAGACAUAUACGGUGGAUGAGGUAUCUGACAUGCUGGACGGGCUGCAGGUGCUGGUGCGUGGAGAAGUGGAGAUGGAACUCAUAAACACAGCUCACACUAAUGUGCUGCUCCUGCGACAACUCUUUUCCCAGGCAGAGAAAUUCUACCUAAGAUUGCAAACAGACAUUUCUGAGCUGGAAAACAGAGAAUUACUGGAGCAAGUAGCUGAGUUUGAGAAGACUGAUUUCAAAGCCAACAGCAAGGUAAAUCAGGAGUCUAGUAAGCCAAAAUUAGCACCACUGAAUGAAGGAGGUGUGUCUGAACUACUCCAGAAGGAGAUUUCCAGACUACAAGAGGACAAUGACAAACUGAAAGCUAGACUCAGAACUUUGGAAUCUCAGGCCAUGAGUGCUCUGGAUGACAAGUCAAAAGCUGAGAGAGCCUUGAAAGACCUUCGGAAGAGCCAAGGAGAUCAACAGUCUGCAAUACAUGCUCAGGAGAUCACAAAUCUGGAAGGCACAGUUGCAGCGAUGCAGGCUGACUUUGAAAAGACCCUGAAUGCCAACGUUGCUUCUCAGAAAGACCUGCAGGACUGCCUGGUAUCUGCUAAACAUGACCUGCUCCGUGUCCAGGAGCAACUUUCACUUGCUGAGAAGGAACUGGAGAAGAAAUUUCAGCAGACGGCUGCUUACCGCAACAUGAAGGAGAUUCUCACUAAAAAGAAUGAACAGAUUAAAGAUCUGAGAAAGAGAUUACAAAGGUAUGAAUCAGAUGAGUGAAUUUUAACCCACAUGGACACACAUGAAGAGGUCAACAAAGAUUAUCACUACUGGAUCUGAUGUAUCAACUACAACUUGUUGUACGGUUUACAGUGGAUUAGAAAUAUUAUUUGGACAUUCACACUACAGUUACUUAGUUAUUCAUCACCUCUCUGUAUUUUUCACUAUUUACAGCUGGUUACCUGAAAGUACAUUUUUGCAAGUACCCUCAUAUAUUUGUGGGUUCACUUUGCUUAGGAGGAAAUUUAUUGCCCAUAGCUUUGCUCCCUUCUUUACAGGAAAGAAUACAGCUCAACACUCUUGUCAAACAUUGUUUCAAAGAACUACAUAUCUGUGCAUUAUAAUAAUAAUAAAUUAUUUCUGUUUUA